AUGUUGAAACGUCCAAAAAGUAGCGAUGCAUACUACAGGGGAUCAACAUCUACUCCCAAUAGCAACAAUCAGGCAGCGUCCAACAACAAAUUGGUGUCAGCAAUCAUAUCUCCAUGUCAUCGUCCCAGCUAUCACACUCCUCCAUUAGGCCACAUUCGUCCGGAUUGGAUGUCAUUGCAGGACAUUCCUGACGAAUGCCUGGACCCCAGUCCUGAAAAACCAGUGGCACCGAUUUCGCUAGCGGAAGCAGAUCCAGAGCAUCUGUGGGAUGGGAACAAAAAAUUGUUCGUACAGCUUCUAGACGACAUGGACAACAUUGGAGACGUUGCCGGGGUUUCAGAGGGAUCUGCCAGACGACGUAAGAAAGCACGUGAGCUUUUCACUGAUUGGCUCUUUAGUUCUAACAGAAAAUCAUCUGAUAAUCCUCCUACCCCUACUCCAGACGUAACCAAUGUUCACUUACGCUCUAAAUCAAACAAUUUUGAUCCCAGAAGAUUUAGUGGGGAUUUCACUAAUUUUGAUGUUAGGAUUCCAGUUGGUGUCGAACCUUCAAUUCCCAGGGCUUUGCCGGGCAGGCUGGAAAGGCAGACACCAUCUCGAAGGUCGUGUGGGGGCGUGUUGGACAGAAAAAACCUGUACAACAAGUGGAGACCAAGUUCCAUUCACUUGCCUAAUGAGGAUGAAGCGGACUCAGGUUACCACUCAGGAAAUAGUGCUGUGCUGGGGUCGAUAUGUCAGCUGCCUUCCAAAGGUCAGAUGACCUUGACAUUGGAAGAUCUCAGAAGAAGGAUCGACAAGUUCAACACCAACAACACACACGGACUACUCAUGGACAUGCCGUCAGAUCGAAGUACCACAUUUCAGGGCUUCAUUAGAGUGCACAUGAAUCUUAUUAGGCCAAUCAGUAUGAGGAUAUCCAAAAAACCUAUGACCAUUUACGACACCCUAACCAGAAAGAAACAGGGAUGUGCUAAAAAUAAGCCAUUCCCCGAUGCUACUGCUGCUACUACUGCUACUACCACUACUACCGCUAUUACCACUAUUUCUAAUACUAGAAUUGAAGUAAUAGCUGCCCUCCUAUCAAAAUUCAACAUAUCCGACAGCCCGAGGAAGUUCGCACUCUACGAAAGAAUAUGCUACCCUAACAAUCCACGCAUACAGAACCUCGAUUUCAAUAAGUUCGUCCUACAGGAAAACGACACAGGGGAAAUCAUGUGGGAAGCCUUCAGCCUACCGGAGUUAGAAAGUUUCCUAAACGUCCUAGACAAAGAGGAGAAGGAGUGCAUCAACCAGGUCAGAGAGAAGUACAGAACAACGAAGAGCCACAUGCAGAAGAGACUUGAUGAGUUAGGGAAAUUAGGCAGCGGGAGGGGUCCAGGGAUGGGCGGUGAUGGAAGAAAUAAAGGGGGCAGUAGUGGUAGUAGUGCUGGUAAUAAAAAACGGGUUGCUAUUUUUGUAUGA